CCGGCAGCCUCAGCAGACGAGCAGAGCCGAAGCGCAGAAAACAAAGCGGGCGGGGACAGAAACCCAAAAGUAGCCGAGCAAACCCCAAACUUACGGAGAUGAUCAAGAAAAUGUCACCGCCCGACAACGAGUUUGACAUCCCGGCCAAGAACUGCUACAGGAUGGUCAUCCUGGGCUCCACUAAGGUGGGCAAAACGUCCAUCGUGUCCCGCUUCCUGACGGGCCGCUUUGACGAGCAGUACACGCCGACCAUCGAGGACUUCCACAGGAAGUUUUACAGCAUCCGAGGGGCCGUCUACCAGCUGGACAUACUGGACACGUCGGGCAACCACCCGUUCCCGGCGAUGAGGAGGCUCUCCAUACUGACAGGUGACGUCUUCAUCCUCGUCUUCAGCCUGGACAACAAGGACUCGUUCGUGGAGGUCCAGCGUCUGAAGCAGCAGAUCUUUGAGACCAAGUCCUGCCUGAAGAGCAAGACCAAGGAGAACGUGGACGUGCCGCUGGUCAUCUGCGGCAAUAAGCUGGACCGGGACUUCUACCGGGAGGUGCAGCGCGACGAAAUCGAGCAGCUGGUGGCCGGGGACCGCUCGUGCGCCUACUUCGAGAUCUCGGCCAAGAGGAACAGCAACGUGGACCUGAUGUUCCAGACGCUGUUCACCAUGGCCAAGCUGCCCUACGAGAUGAGUCCGGACCUCCACCGGAAGGUCUCCGUGCAGUACUGCGACAUUCUGCACCGGAAAAACCUCAAGAGCAAAAAGAUCAAAGACGGCGACGCCUACGGGAUUGUAGCGCCUUUCGCCCGCCGCCCCAGCGUCCACAGCGACCUCAUGUACAUCCGCGAGAAGGCGAUUGGCGGCGGCCAGGCCAAGGACAAGGAGCGAUGUGUCAUCAGCUGAGCGCCUUGGCCGGGGAGCCACCGAGGACUUGACCACCGAACUGGCACGGACGGACCGGGGCAGCCGUGGGGCACCGAGGACCUGCCUGUCCCUCCCCGAUCCCGAGCGCCGCCCGCUCUCAUUUUGGACUGAGGGGCGUCAGGAGGACGAGGAGCUGUUUACAUUCGGACCUUUUGGGGAUGCUUGACGACGUCACGACGAAGCGCUGGACUGGCCGUGGCGACAGGAACAAAUUCUCUUGUUAAUAUUGUGCUUCUUAUUUAUUGUCACACGUCAACUGUUUUGCUUUUUUAUUUAUUGUAAUAAAAGAUUUGAAAUCA